AUGUCUGCGUACAGCGGGUUCACCGACCCGUUCUUUGCCGCCGAGUCUGCCAUUGGCGACGGCGGGCUGUCUUUCCUCUUCUCCCCUCUCCCCUCCCCUCCUCCUCUCACCCAGGCCGGCGAGCCUGUCGAGGCCGUCGAGGCUGGUGUGAACGACCUGGCCGCCCAGGGUUCUCCCUUCUCCACCCCCUCUCCCGCCGGGUCUGUUGGGAGCGACUCUGCAAUGAUGGCUUUCUUCUCUCCUGCUCCCUCUCCUUCUCCUAUUGCCGACGGGACCACUGCCACCACCAUCGGUGACGAGAACGAACUCGGCGAUGACUACAAUGAUGACUUUGCCCUUUCGCCCCUCUUCUCUGCCCCUCCCAGCCCUUCCACCGUCCCCGACGAGACCACCGCCACCGCCAUUGGCAAGGUUGGAAAUGACUACAGCGAGGAGUCUGCACUCUCGCCCCUCUUCUCUCCUCCUCCCAGCCCUUUGCCUGUCCAGGCCUCAGCCUCUACCCUUGCCCGUCCUCGUUCGCCUUCUCUGCCUCCUAUCGCCCCCACCGUCAUCCCCACGACCAAGCCUGCCAGCGAGAAGGUCUACCUCGGCCUCCGACUCCCUGGUAUUCGUGACCCCACUGUCCCCGCUCAGGUCGGCAGCACACAGCUUGACAAGCCCAGCGAGAAGGUUCACCUUGGCCUCCGAAUGCCUGGUAUCCGUGCCCCUGCCCCCACCUGCGACAAGCCCAAGCCAAAGUCCAGGUAUUCAGCUCAUACCACCACUACCAACAUCUUCAAGGCAACCGGCGUCCAGGAUCCGGGCAUGGAGAAGAAGAGGCAUGUUGAGGCUUGCAAGCAGCGCCAUAACAAGAACGACGACCUCGACUUUAGCGCUCUCGCUUCCCUCUUCACAUCUCCCGCCGAGGGUGCCAUGAACGAUGUGAUCGACCUCACUCUCAUCGAUUCCCCUCCUUCCUCUCCGUCUCCAUUUGCCGCCACCUACACCAACACCACCAGUGACGACAGCGACGUUGUUUGCCUUUCGGCUCCUGUCGAUACAUCCUCCGUCGUUGGUCAGCGCGAAAACUCUAGCGACAAGCCCAAGACCAAGGCUCGAUCUUCCGCUCACGCUACCAAGUCCAACACCAUCAAGGCUAGCGGUAGUCAGAGUCCGAACGGGGAGAAGAAGACGCACGCCAAGGGCUGUAAGCGCAAGAGCAACUCUUGCGAUUACUGCAAGCGACGUCAGAUCAAGUGCGACCGCGACGAGUUCAACGCUUGUACCGCCUGCCUCAAGAAGGGUAUCGAUUGUGUAUACAACAUCGUCCCAGGCAAGCGAGGCGCGUUGAAGGCUGUGCAACAGGGCGUCGCCAUGGGCCGUACCGUCUCAGGUAGCCUCAUCAGCGGUGGCUUGCCCUCUACCCCUCGCCUCUCCUCGUCGCCGAGCAGCAACGCCUCAGUUGCCAUCCACACCCCUCCUCGCGCCGCCCCCGCCACGUCUACCGUCGUCGUCCCCGCCUACCUCUAUGCCCAGUUGGCGUCGACCUCCUCCGCCAACUACGACAUCGUUGCUGAGCCUUCUGCCCCGGUAGCUUCUUCUGGCGCUUCCGCCCCCACCCAGCUUUAUGCUGCUCCCGUUGCUACUGGUCCAGAAGUGAAUCUCGAAGGCGAGUUCAACUUUGACCAAUUCUACAGGGACAUCGGGCUGGUUGUCCCCGCCCCCGAAGUCGCCCCUUCUGCCCCGGCAGCUUCUUCCGGCGUCUCCCACCUUUUCCAACUUCCUGCUGCUCCCGUUGCUUCUGGUCCAGAAGUGAAUCUCGAAGGCGAGUUCGACUUUGACCAAUUUUACAGGGACAUCGGGCCCGCCCCCGAAGUCGCCCCGGAGAUGAUGUGGUUCAACGACGUCGGCUGCUAA